AUGACAAGUGGACCCAAAGAGGUGAACUGUCUCCAAGCUCACUCAAGCAACGCAGCGGAAGAAGGGCGACGAGGAGGAACAGACGGUCAAUACGCGCAAGGAUGGAAGAGAGCCAAUAUCAUAUGGGUGUUAUCAUGCCUGGUGAUGCUGCGCAACGCGUCUCUGUUUGGGAAGUAUUUGCGCUGUUUGGGUCGAGGGGCGCAGAAGGGAUUUAAGAAGAAGCAGAUCCUCCCACCCAUGCCUGUGAAGGCGUACGGCCGUCCUCCCUCGGCUGCUUCUCAGUGCGGCCUUUUCCACGACGAAGACUACAACUAUUAUACGAAGAUCUCCUUCUCACUGCGGAAACACCGCCGCAAGUUGAAGCCAAAUGUGCUCAAAAAGGACUUUGAAUCCGAAGGUCUGAAUACAGUUGUAAAAAACUUAAAAGUGACAACUUCAGCGCUCCACGCCAUUGACGACGCGGGAGGACUGGAUGAGUAUUUGCUGCGUACGCCUCCAGAAGAACUCCGCAGUGUCCUUGGAGAGAGAAUGAAGGCGGUAAUUCGGUUCUACGACCGAAAUCCCGAAAUUAGGGAGUGGGCACUGCCAUGGAAGUCAUUCGCUAGUGCAGCUGCUCUUGGCGACCCUUGUUACGCGCUCUACAGACAUCUCAGGGGCAAGGAGUUGUACGAGAUGCGGAUGCGACAAGAACAGAGGCGUCACUCCCCUUACUUUCUGCCCAGUGUCCAUAGCAUGCAUCCCAUGAGGCAGCCGUUCCCUGAUGGCGCUGCAGAUCCUCAGCUGCCGCAUCUCGGCUGGGCGUUGAACCCGGCAGAGGCGGCGGCUUUGCGGCGACGGCUGGGUAUGGCCGUGAACCAAGUGAGGGCCCAUGCCUCCCACGAAGAAGCGGACGGCUUCCGCACGGGCAACAACAGGGGGGGAGGCGGGCAGAGCGGCUCUUCGCUCAGAAGACGUUCAAAAACGCAUAAGUGGAGGGAGAUUAGGGCCUACUGA